AUGCUUAUAAACCUUGAGGAAAAAGAUCCAUUUCUUUUAAUACAAAGAUGCCGUCCCUUGUUUGAUUCGAAUCUCAUCUCUUUCUUCCUUGUUCCUUGUUUGAUUUGAACUUCGAAGAAGAUAACCGGAGGUUCUGACAAACGCCGCCGAUUUUUGGAGCUCAUCGUGCAAAUACGAUUUACAAGGCUGAAAUCCUAUGGUAUCCUCUAACGAUCUUGACGUACGAAAUCAAUCGAUCUAGAGCGAUUCUAGUCGUGUAUUAGUAUUUAGUAAUCAAAGAGACGAAGCGCGGGAGAUUAUUUUAUUCUGGUUCCAGAAUUCGAUGUUCUUGAUCUCAUUGUUAAUCUCUUCCCGCCAAAAAGUUUUGAUUAUCCGAAAAUUUAGCUAUGGAUAUAUACUUUUAUUCCUAGUCCACAAAUCUUCUGUCUCGUAGUCUUUUUGCUGCAUUACGAUUUUUUUUUCCCUCUUUUAUCGUUCGAAGGAAAAUUUAUAUUUGUUUUUAGAACUCGAACCAUCAACAAUCAAUGUUGUGAUGGUUCAUGAUGGUUAAUGGGGCUGCAAUAGGGUUUGCGAGGAUCUUUGGGAAAGCUUAUAGCAAGUUGUCGACGAACUAGGGUGUUUUCAGAGUAACGCCUAUUGACUCAGAUAGUGCGAUAAGAUUUAUUGUUGAUGUUUAGUUUAAAAUGCGUCCUGAAAUUCGGUCGAGAAUGAAUUCGACUGGUUUGAAUGCUUAAAAAGGGACCCUUGUGUACUAAGGCAGUUUUGGUCUCAAGACUCUGAACUAAAAUGACUUCAGACGAGCAAAAUUUUGAUUUGUUUAAGCUAUUUGUGGCUGUGCGAGAUAAGGGUGGUUAUAAUGUUGUAUCGAGGAAGGAUCUGUGGGAUCUGGUAGCAGAAGAAUCUGGUUUAGGUUCUAUCAUCUCCUCCACGGUGAAAGUGCUGUACGUUGAGUAUUUGAAUGUUUUAGAGAGAUUUCUUGAAAGGGUUGUUGAGGAUAGAGACUCCACAAAUAGUUGCAGCAGUAAUGGAGACAGUACAGGCUUCGGACUCAAUUGCUUGCCGCUGUAUAUUCAGUCUUUGAAGAAGAACAAUGAUUUGCAGGACUCAAAUUUUUCGGUAUGUGAUGAUAGGAUUGUGGUUCCAAAGACUGAUAGGGACAAUCAUACUGCUGGUUGUGGGGAAACCUUUUGCCAAUCAAAUAAGAGCAAGCCGGACAUUCAUGACACAAGUGACUUGUAUGAAGAUGAAGACUUUAGCCUGGAAUUAGCAUCCAAUGUGGACGAGAAUUUUGAUGACAUUGAGAAAUCCCAUAGUCUAAACAUUCAGAAAUAUGAAAAUGCAUUAGUGGACGGAGUAGAAAGCAAUGUGGAGUUCCCUUACGACUGCAGAAAGUGUGAUGGUUAUGAUUCUGAUAACAAACAAGGAGUGUCAGUCGAGGAACAUAAUUUUAGCCAUGAGAAAAAGUGUGAGUCCAUGUUAGGAAUGGUGAAUUGGAUCGCAGAAAUUGCAAAGAAUCCAUGUAACCCUGUUAUUGGGUUAUUACCUGAACGUUCGGAGUGGAAGUCAAGCGCAAAUGAAGAGAUCUGGAAGCAAGUUCUUCUGAUUCGAGAGGCAAUGUUCCUGGAAGGACAUAUUAAUUCUUAUGCUGUGCAGGACAUACAUGGAGGCUCCUGUUACAAGCUAAGAAAGAGGACAAAAUCCGGGAAAGUAUUUCCUUACGGGAUGAGUAGUGCUCAAAAUCUUGUACUGGGGACGGGCAACCGACUAGACCAAGAAAUUCUUGUAACAACUGAUUCCUGGAUGCCAGUUUACAUGGGGACAUCUGCCUCAAAGCAAAUACGUUUAGGGCCAAAGUUUCAAGUUGAAGUACCAGAAUGGAGUGGUAUAACAUCUGGAAGCGACUCUAAGUGGUUGGGGACACUGGUUUGGCCUUCAGAUAAUGAUAGCCAAGCAUAUCGCCAUAAAGACAAUCUCGUUGGGAAGGGGCGGGAAGAUUCGUGUAAAUGUCAGGUACGCGGUUCCCCUAAAUGCACUCAAUAUCAUAUUUUAGAGAAAAGAUUGAAAGUUAAGAUGGAAAUAGGCUAUGCAUUCUAUAACUGGAAAUUCGAUAGAAUGGGGGAGGAAGUACGACUUUGUUGGACCGGGAAAGAGGAGCAUAAGUUUAAAAGUGCGGUGAGGUGUAGUUCUGAAUCUUUUAAGCAGUCUUUCAGGAAUCAUAUUUCCAAGUUUUUCCCUUACAAAAGCAGAGAAGACAUAGUAUGCUACUACUUUAAUGUCUUCAUAUUGCAUCGCAGAAGAUUUCAGAACAGAUUCACUCCAGAAAACAUUUGCAGUGAUGAUGAACUGGAAUCUAAGUAGUCGGAAAAAAACCUCAUUGGUAAGUCCAUAACUGUGUAGAGAUGGGAAAAUCAGGAUAUUUUUCUCUUUUCUUUUCCUUGGUUUCAUAUACAUAUUUGUUCAGUUACGGGUUGAUCAGUGCAUAAUCUGUAUAUUUGGGAAAUAAUAGCUGGAAGAGAUUCAUGUAGUUAGUUUUGGGCCUUCUGAAGUGUUUUGUGCUUUCAUACAACCCCUUCAUAUUCCUAGUUGCAACAUAAAUGAACAUGUUCAUUUUUUUUUU